AUGCAGACACUCCCUGAAAGGUCACAUCUUCAGUGGGUAUCACGUGAAGAGUGGUUUAUUGAACAUAAUGUGCACAGUGAUUUAUUGAUGCAGGGCAGCAUGUUUAAUACCUGGAAGCCAAUGUGGGUCGUGCUCCUAGAAGAUGGAAUUGAAUUCUACAAGCGGAAGGCUGACAACAGUCCCAAAGGGAUGAUCCCACUAAAAGGAAGCUCUAUUACCAGCCCAUGCCAAGAUUAUGGCAAAAGAAAGUUUGUGUUCAAGCUCACUGUGGCCAAGCACCAGGACCACUUUUUUCAAGCUGCCUACCUGGAGGAGAGAGAUGUCUGGGUACGGGACAUCAAGAAAGCAAUUCGUUGCCUAGAUGGAGGCCAAAGGUUUGCCAUAAAAACCACAAGGAAGUCUAUUAGAUUGCCUGAAAAAAUCAACCUGAG